AUGGAUUUGAAUACUGAAGAAGCAUCUGCGGACAAACUCACUUCAGAGAUUAGGAGGAUUGGAACGCUAUAUCAGUAUUAUCUAGACCAGCUUACGCCUCAUGUAAAAUACAGGUGGGCUGCGCUUGGAGGUUUGGUGUUUUUAUUUAUAGUACGCAUAGUUAUCAGUCAGGGCUGGUACGUUGUGUGUUAUGCUCUCGGAAUCUAUCUAUUGAACCAAUUCUUGGCCUUUUUAACACCAAAAUUCGAUGUUUCUUUACAGCAAAAUGAACAAAAUGAAGAGAUGGAAGCAGGUGAAAUGACCGACGAAUUCCGUCCGUUUAUUAGAAGAUUACCAGAAUUCAAAUUCUGGCACAAUUCCAUCAGAGCAGCUGUCUUGUGUUUCUUCAUGACUUUCUUCUCUGUAUUUGACAUUCCUGUGUUCUGGCCUAUUUUACUGAUGUACUUCAUCGUGCUUUUCGCGUUGACCAUGAGAAGACAGAUAAAUCAUAUGAUUAAGUAUAAAUACGUGCCUCUCGAUAUUGGCAAGAAGAAGUACGCUUCUAAAUGA